CCCAGUGAGACCAUCCACCAUCACGGCAGCUUUCUUCAGGCAGCGGGGGCGGCCGCUUCCCCUACUUCCCUCCCCCUGGCCCCUGGCCCCUGGCCCCUGGGCCCCGGUCCAUGCCUCCGGCUCGUGAUGUCACAAUCCCACCCGGACCCAGUGUUUUAGUCCCAGCUCCCAGUUGUCCGGCAGGGAAAAAGGGGAUUGCUCAGGGGGAGCUCGCUCGUGAGUCAUGGACUUCUCCUGGCUCCUCCUCUACCACUCCCACUCCCUCGCUGGCCCCCCCCACAAGGGCUAGCGUUCGCUCCUCGGGCUCCGAGGGGGUGGGGCUGCUGGGAAUGGCUGUUCGCCCUUCUCCUCCUCUGCCCGGCUCCCUAUUUUACCUGAAGAGGCAAAGAUCUUGCCCACAGUGCACAUGGGGCAUGGAGGAGAAGACAGCGUCGCCGUCGGGGGCCAGCGGGGCCAGCCGGGAGCUGCCAGGCCCCCGGAGGAUAUCUGCGGUCCAGUAUUUCAAUACUGCAGUGGACCAAAAUCACAUCCUUCCCGGAGCCCUCCGGCUCAUCCAGGAGCUGCGCCCGCACUGGAAACCCGAGCAAGUUAAGACCAAGCGAUUCACCGAUGGGAUCACCAACAAGCUGGUGGCCUGCUUUGUGGAAGAUGACAUGAGGGACGCAGUGCUGGUCCGUGUCUAUGGGGAACGGACAGAGCUUCUGGUGGACCGGGAAAAUGAGGUCAGGAACUUCCAGCUCCUUCGGGCCCAUGGCUGUGCACCCAAACUCUAUUGUACCUUCCAAAAUGGCUUGUGCUAUGAGUUUCUCCCAGGCAUGGCUUUGGGGCCUGAGCAUAUCCUGGAACCCCGGCUUUUCAGGCUGAUUGCCCGGGAAAUGGCAAAGAUCCAUGCCAUCCAUGCCAACGGCUGUCUGCCCAAACCCGGCCUGUGGCCCAAAAUGUACAGCUAUUUCACUCUUGUCAAGAAUUCUUUCAACUCCAGCCUUUCCCAGAGCAUACCCAGUGUGGAAGUCCUCGAGCAGGAAAUGGCCUGGUUGAAGGAGCACCUCUCCCAGCUGGAUUCUCCCAUAGUCUUUUGCCAUAAUGACCUGCUUUGCAAGAACAUCAUCUAUAAUGAAAAGAAAGGUCAUGUAAGAUUCAUAGACUAUGAAUAUGCCGGCUACAACUACCAAGCCUUUGACAUUGGCAACCACUUCAAUGAGUUUGCAGGCGUGAAUGAGGUGGAUUAUAGCCUCUACCCUAGUCGGGAGACUCAACUGCGUUGGCUGAAUUACUACCUGCAAGCCCACAAGCAGCUCUGCAAGGAAGGCUGGGGCGCGACGGCUGUGACCCCCAGGGAGGUGGAGAAGCUCUAUGUACAAGUUAACAAGUUUGCUCUGGCCUCUCACUUCUUCUGGGCAUUCUGGGCUCUCAUCCAGAACCAGUUCUCCAGCAUCGACUUUGACUUCCUCAGAUACGCGGUGAUCAGAUUUAACCAAUACUUCAAGGUGAAGCCUCAGGUGUCAGCCUUGGAGAUGCCAAAGUGACCGGCCACCUGCCCUGUCCACCCAGCCAGACCUGCUCUCCUCAGGGCCCCUGCCUGGCUCUGGGGCCCACGCCUAAAGGACCAGGGCAAGAGAGGGAUGCAGGUGGGGUCUCUCUGGUGGGGCAGUGGAGAAGCCCAUGCCCUGUGCCACCGGCCCCAAAUUAAAGCCGCUGUAGACCUCGCUCCCCCCUGUCUGGCUUCAGCCUCUUGGGCUGAUGGGACCAGCUCAGGGUACCCUUCCCCUUCACCCUCCCUUGCCCAAACUUUGGUGGGGGGGAGUGCCUGUAGAGUACCAGGGAUGACCAACCUUCUAGGACAGGGACCAAGACAACCAAUGGGAACCAGUGGGAACUCCAGGAAUCCUCCCAACAUUACCCUACCCUCAUCCCUCUCUGCCAUCAGGGGUGCCUUAUUUAUGUAUUGGACCCUGCUCAACUUGGGCAGAGUGUAGAAAGGGCAUCUUUCUACCUCCAAUGCCCAUAAAUUCUCUAACCCCUCCCACUCCCCUACUUUUUCCCUUCCCCUCAACUAGCCACACCUCAACACCAUAUGUAUGGGUGUACAUAUCUUAGCUAAGGGGAUCCCAGGUCGGGAAUGCACCCCCCCUCCCAUCAGUAGCCUUAUAUUAUUACUUGGCACGGCUAUCAAUCACUCUUACUUUCUCCAGACCAGUUACUGGUUCUGAAUCUCACCCCACCCCCAACCCAAUUUCACUCUUCCCCACUCAAGUCCUGGGCCCUGGGCCCUCUUGGCCAGCUCCUGCUGCCUUGAGUGCUGGAUAUCUCACUCCCAAACUGUCAUCACACUUGGGAUUGCCUGGGGGAAUUAUGGGGUGCUGUUAGCCAAAGCCUAGGUCAGUGUGUCUCAUUGACCUUGACCCUCCCACCCACAGCCCCCCUCCCAAGAUGCCUACUUAACCUUGUAUUUCCCUUGCAUCCACUGGAACUGAAUUAGAGGACCCUCUCACCUUGAGAGUCAGUCCUGGGCAGCAGGGAGAGAGGGGAUGUAUCCCAAGAAGCAGAGGCCCCAGGAAAGCCAAGGAAUGGGUGGGCCCCCCUGGUUAGGACCUGGCCUGGCCUUAGGUAGGGGAUGUCCUGACCUCCUGAGUUCCUUUACCAACCACCAUUCCCCCUUAGCAACUAAAUCUCUCCCCAGCCUCCUUCCUGACCCCCGGGGGGGGGGGGGGUUCUCAGCUCUGGCACAUAAAACAAACUUUGAGGUUCAAACUAUUGUGGUUUUGUUUUCCAUUAAAAUGGCUGCUUCUGGUU